AUGACGUCCCUCACCAGGACACGGACCUGCUUUUUUGUCUGCUGCUUCCUGUCCAGUCUGGCACUUCCUGUGACAUCACAAACAGUGGUGCAGGCUCACAGUGCUGGCACACAGGUGAUCACAGCGUCCCUUCAGGAGGAGGAGUAUGCAUCGUUUCACGCUGAGAACCCUGAGUGGACAUUCAACCAUCUAGCAGUGGACUAUCGCAAUGGUAAUGUUUAUUUAGGGGCCGUUAAUCGCAUAUACAAACUGUCUCCAGGCCUGGAAGUCCAAGUUUCUCAUGAGACUGGCCCGGAUGAAGACAACCGCAAGUGCUAUCCACCUCGUAUUGUUCAGCCUUGCAGUGAGCCUCUAACGCUCACCAACAAUGUCAACAAGAUGCUUCUGAUGGACUACAGGGAGAACCGGCUGUUGGCAUGUGGCAGUCUUUACCAGGGCAUCUGUAAACUCCUCCGCCUUGAUGACCUCUUCAAACUAGGAGAGCCCUUUCACAAGAAAGAGCACUACCUCUCAGGCGUCAAUGAGAGUGGCUCUGUGUUUGGCGUCAUUGUGUCAUAUGGCAAUGCCUCUCCGGACAUGCUGUUUGUGGCCACAGCAGUGGACGGCAAGCCAGAGUACUUCCCCACCAUUUCUAGCCGCAAGUUGGCCAGAAACUCUGAGGAGGAUGGCAUGUUUGCCUAUGUCUUCCAUGAUGAGUUUGUGGCCUCCAUGAUAAAGAUCCCCUCAGACACUUUUACUGUCAUUCCAGACUUUGACAUUUACUACAUUUAUGGCUUUGCCAGUGGGAACUUUGUCUACUUCCUGACUUUGCAGCCUGAAAUGGGGGGUGGACCAACCACAGGGUCCUCCUCUGCUGGCCGUGAACAGGUGUACACCUCCAAGAUAGUCCGCCUUUGCAAGGCAGACACCGCCUUCAACUCCUAUGUGGAGGUGCCUAUUGGAUGCAUUAGUGGCAAUGACUAG